UUUCAAGAGAGGUGAUCAAGCCGCCGGAAUGCCGACGCUGCUCCAGCUUGCUUCGAAGGCAGAGAUUGAAUUCCACGCCUUGACCCGGUCCAAGGAACCGCUUCGUCAAUUGAAGCAAUUGCACGAAGACCUGCUGACUCAAUGCGACAAGGACCAGGUGUUCAACUUGCUGGAAGUGGCGACGCAAAAGCUAGUCGAAAAGCUGUCAUGGGCUCUCCACAAUGACAACAGCAUGACUCCAGCCAGCGUUGGAAUUCCUGAGCUGCUCGACUUGUGCAUUGCAGGCGCGACGGACAACAUCCUGCUUAACCAUGCGCCGUACAAGAUCCUCGAGGACCUCAUGGACGGCCAAACGAUUGUAACUUGUGAAAAGCUAUGGGAAUUGCUUGAAACGCGCAAGGGGCAAUUGACUGCGGCAAACUUCAUCCCUCCGUACGACGGCAAAUCUGCCAAGACUACCAAAGCGUCACUUUGUCUCCUUCGGCUCUCCAACACACUCCUGCGCCGCCUGUCUAAGACACACAACACUGUCUUUUGCGGCCGCAUUCUGACCUUUCUCUCCUUCGCAUUCGCUCUAUCGGAACGCUCUGCGUUGAACGUCACAGGUCGGUCCAACGUGAGCAACGUGACAGUAUUUGAAGAUGAAAUUACUUUCCUGGAAAACACGCCAAGCGACGACACGAGCGACGGCGCCAAGGCAGCAGAUUACGCCUUGUAUAAGACGUUCUGGGCAAUCCAGCGGUAUUUUCGCCAGCCGAAUUUGGCGACCGAGCGGGACACGGAGUGGGCGACUUUUACGACCGAGCUGAAUGCGGUGCUCGGCGCAUUUGAAAGCCAUUCGUUCAGCCCGAAAGACCUCGAUCCUACUCGCGACGAUAAUGCAGUGUCCGUGGGCAAGGACGAGAACGGGCCGUCCGGGUUCUUCCAGACAAAGUACUUGACGAACAGCCGCCUCUUUCACUUGCAACUGCGCGAUCCUGUCCUGCGGGAGUGCAUGCUGACGCAGUUUCUUAUCUUUUUCCGCCACCUGGAAACCACCAAACUCCCGCCGACAGCGACGGUGAGCCAAGUGAAGGCGUUGACGUCCCGCGUGUUGAGUUUGCUCAAGAAGACCCCGUCCGACGGCAAACGAUUCAGUGAAAUGCUUGUCCAAGUGCUCGAUCGAGAAAACAACUGGACGCAGUGGAAGCAGGACAAGUGCAAGCCGUACGAGCGGUUCCCAGACGACCAAGCGCCGGUGGAACCGUCCGCUGCACCCGUGGAACCGCCCGUGAAGAAGCGCAAACAGUCGAUGACGGAUCCGCUGUUGGAGUCACUUGUUCACGAAGACACCGAGUCACUGCUGUCAAAGAUCCAAGGCCCAAGUCGAAAAACGGAAGUGCCAGUCGAAGAGUUUGUCCAGCGAUUUGAAGAAGCCCGCGACCCGGAAAACGGCAUCGAGCGAGAGUACUGGCCCGACAAUGACAAGAUGGUGUGCUGGCGCACCAUGCGCGGGUGCAUGCGCACAAAGCUCAACUUCAUGGACAAAAUCAUUCAAGGCACGGGAACCAUGGUUGAAGCCAUCUUAGGGGUGCACCAAGGUGAUGUGAUUCCUGCCAGCUCGCCGGCGCCGUCGAAUUCAGACGAACCAGCCACUGCCCCUGCGAGUCCUGUUGAAGCCCCGGACACUGUGGACGAGCCCGCCAAGGAGUCCCCCGAGGGUGAAGAGGAAACCGAAUAAGUCGAACGUAAAUUAAACUCAGCUUUCGCGACAUCAAGUUGUUUGUGAUAUCGAUAGCGUUGGCGGACAAAAGGAUGGAAAAAUAAGUUAAGGUUCGCGCGAGCGACUAGAGAUGAUGCGAAAUCGAGGGGACUGAACCGUACCGAUGCAUUGAAAUGGCGCGGCCGAGUCCCGCUCGCAGGUAAAGAAAACGACCUCAAUGCAGUGGGUCAUGGUUUUGUGAAGGGUGGCGCCGUGGAACCCAUAGUGCCACGACAGGGAUCGGCCGGAUGGCCGAAUCUCGAACAGCAUUGGGCUCACGCACUUGGUCUGGAACCAAAUCGCCUUGGGAUUCUCCUUAGACCGGAGCUCUCGGUAGAUGCUGGCUUGAGGAACUACCAUCCCGGGCGAGU